GUCGGUUCAAGAUGCCGUUGUGGCCGCGGCAGCACGGGAUGUGGGUGGGAUGGUUUGACCUCCCCGUUAACUAGUCACCGUUAAUUAAUGGUCAGUAAUUAUCGAAGUGCUGCUUUCCUGGCCCUGUGGGUGGGCAUUGUACACCCGAAGCCUGGGGUCGCCGCGGCUGCGUUGACCCUAGGCUAGCGGCUGCCCGGGAUGCCGCCGCACCUCCCGGUACCGUGAAGAAGGGGAGGGGUUUGAUGGCGGGGGCGUGUUCCUGACCGGGAGAAGGGGUGUGGCUUAGCGCAGAGCGGCACCGAUGGCGGAGCGGCGUGUGUCGCGUUGGUACUUCGGCGGCCUCGCCUCUUGCGGGGCCGCUUGCUGCACCCACCCGUUGGACCUGCUGAAGGUGCACCUGCAGACGCAGCAGGAGGUGAAGAUGCGGAUGAUGGGGAUGGCGAUGCGUGUGAUUCGCACCGACGGCUUCCUGGCUCUCUACAAUGGCCUCAGCGCCUCACUGUGCCGGCAGAUGACAUACUCCUUGACUCGCUUCGCCAUCUAUGAGACUGCACGGGACCGCCUGGGCCAGGGGACCCAGGGCCCUCCCCCCUUCUACCAGAAAGUGCUGCUGGGUGCAGUGGGAGGCUUCACCGGUGGAUUCGUGGGGACCCCAGCAGACAUGGUGAAUGUCAGGAUGCAGAACGACGUGAAGCAGCCCCCUGCCCUGCGGCGCAACUAUUCCCAUGCCCUGGAUGGCAUGUACCGUGUCCUCCGGGAAGAGGGCUUGAAGAAACUCUUCUCAGGAGCUACGAUGGCAUCCAGCCGGGGAGCCCUGGUCACUGUCGGGCAGCUCUCCUGUUAUGACCAGGCCAAGCAGCUGGUUCUCACGACUGGAUUGCUGUCAGACAACAUCUUCACUCACUUUCUGGCCAGCUUCAUUGCUGGCGGAUGUGCUACAUUCCUGUGCCAGCCCCUUGAUGUGCUCAAGACCCGCCUCAUGAACUCCCAGGGCGAGUACCGGGGUGUUGCCCACUGUGCCAUGGAAACUGCCAAGCUUGGCCCCCUCGCCUUCUACAAGGGUUUUGUUCCUGCUGCCAUCCGUCUCAUUCCUCACACUGUCCUCACCUUUGUCUUCCUGGAACAGCUACGCAAAUAUUUUGGGAUCAAAGUGGUCACCUGAACAGGAGAGACAAGAUUCUGCCUUGCCCCAGGGGGGUGAGCGUGCAGGUCACCACUGAGAUCCUAGAACUCCCCUCUGCUGUCUGGGGCCAGUGCCGCUCCCCUGCCCCUUAUCCCCACUCCUGUGCCUUGCCAAUGCCUGUGGCCAGCCAGACCAGACUCCACUCUCUCACCCCAGUUCUUAGCAUCUCCUUUAUUUCUGGGAUGCUCUCCAGCCUCAUCCCCACUCUGCACUGUUGGCUUGGGGUUUAUUUUGCUCUUCUCACAGGCCACAGGUUCAGUUCUCACUAUGUUCAGCCCUGUUCCCUAUGUGCCUCCAGACUGCACUGUCCUGGGGGAACGGAGAGUCCAGCCUGGUCACAGAGCUGGGGAGGCCAGGGGCCAGAGGGGUCAGCAGAGCUGGUGUGCUUCCAUCCUCGCCUGCCAGAAGCAAGGCCCUGUCCUCCCCUAGUGCCUCUGACCCACUGCGCUCUUUUGCUGCCCCCAGCACAGCCUGGCCACUCCAAACCUGCCAGUCUCUCCCCAAACUCCCUCUGACUCUGCUUGGCCAAAACUUGCCAGCACCCACCGGCUGCUGGGCUCUUCAGGGAUUGUGCCUCAUACCAAUGAAGAUGGUGAAUAGAGCCUGGGGGUGAGGGGCAGCUGAUUCAUCCCCCUGCCCUUGGCUAGGGCAAGGCUGGCAGCUGCCCAGUUGUCUCCUGGCUUCAACCAGGGCCAGGCAGUGUGGCUCAAGGAUCCAUCUCUCACUAACCCAGCCUGGGGUGGGGAUGUCCAUGCAGCCCUGUGGCCUCAUGCCCCUCCCUCUGUAGCAUUCAGUUCCCCAUGAUCCCCCUCACUAGUGCCCUGCAUGUGGGUGCUGUGGGCACUAGUCCCUCUGGCCUGUGCACCCCUGUGCAUAGUGGUCCUGAGGGAUCGAAGAACUGGAAUAUUUGUGACUUUAAUAAAGGGUGAAACAAGCA